AAAAAAGAUCUUUAAGGUUUGGCGCAGUGUGGUUCCCCAAGACUUUAUACAUCAAUACUAGCUUGUUUUGUUCUCGUCUCCUAGCCAGGGUUUCCCAGCCUAAUUUGUUUAGGACUUCAGACGAUCUUACAUCGUAGUCAGCUCCGGUAAUCACCCUUGCUGCUUGAUUUUGGAAUUUUUGCAAUUUGUCUUGAAGUCGGAAGAAAUACAAUGCGAAUCCUGCGUUAUGGUUAUUUAGAUAUUGUAUUUUUAAAAAUCUUAGAUGUGUAACCAGGAUUAGACAUAAUAAAAAGAUGAGACGUUCUCUGGUUAAUAUAUUUAUUAAUCACAAGCUUUCGGCUACCAGUCUGUAGCCUUCAACGUGUGUAUAUACAAUAUGAUACAAGGACGCUAAAACUAUAUAAUAUACAUGUAAAUUGAAACUAAACGUGACGUAUGUGUAUGUGCAAUCUGAAAUAUGAUAGGUGAUAUUACAAUUUUCUUAUUAAGGCUGUGUAUUGUCGAGGAAGUAGCUUAUAGAGUUGUUAUCAGCAUUUUUGUCUUUGGCUGUAUGCCAUGAUUCUAAAGUUAGACGGUUCCGAAAUUUCCCUUUGUCUAUGACUUUCGAGUUAUCAAAAUCAAUUACAUGAUCACAGUCCCAUGCAUGCUUAGCAAUGUUUGAUCCAUCUUUAUUUUGUUUUACGUUUCUGACGUGUUCAGAUUUUCUUGUCUUUAGGGAUCUGCCUGUUUCACCUAUAUAAUUCCAAGGGCAAUCUUUACAUGGUAUUUUGUAGAUGACGUUAGUUUGUUCUUCGGUUGGAGGUCUGUGUUUUACUGAGGGGAAUUCUCGUUGUAGGGUUCUCAAAGGUUUAUUAUGGACUUUUAUGUUAUGUUUUCUUAGUGUCCUUGAUAGAGGUUCUGUUACUCCUUUGAUGUAUGGUAAAGUAGCAUGUAACAGAACGCAACUAGACAUUACUGUAACAGAACGCAACUAGACAUUGACGAUAACACCUUUAAUUGACGAUAACACCUGUAAUUGACGAUAACAUGUAGACAUUGACGAUAACACCUGGUAACACAACUGUAACAGAACGCAACUAGACAUUGACGAUAUCUUACGACUCUUGGAAUUUGUUUUAUCUAACAGUUACUUUAUUUACAACGACGUAAUAUACAAGCAAAUUCAUGGAUGUGCCAUGGGCAGUCCUGUCAGUGCUAUCGUUGCAAAUUUAUGCAUGGAAGUGAUUGAAGAGCAAGCAAUUCAAUCUGCUAUAACACCACCUAAGACUUGGAAACGAUUUGUUGACGACAGUUUUGCCAUUAUAAAUAAGAACGCAGUCACUAGCUUUCAUAACACGCUCAAUUCUAUUGACCCUCACAUAAAAUUCACUAUAGAGCAUGAAAAAGACGGACAAAUUGCAUUCCUCGACACGUUAGUUUCUAGACACAAUAACUCUAUCUCUUUUAAUGUUUUCCGCAAACCCACGCAUACAGACCGCUACCUUGACUUCUCUUCACAUCACGAUCUGAAACACAAAAUCAGCACUGCCACCACUCUCAUCAACAGAUCCCUUAACCUUCCCACCACCGAAGACAGCAAAUAUAAAGAGUUAAAACAUAUAAGCGAAACCCUCGCUUCAAAUGGAUACCCGAAACCGCUCAUCUCUAAGGUGAUCAAAUCCCAAACUGACAAAGCUACGCCAAGUCCGGAAGAAUUAGUAAGAACAUUCUUUGAACAGGUUGAUCCCUCGGAAACUUACAAUGGACAUGCUACUUUACCAUACAUCAAAGGAGUAACAGAACCUCUAUCAAGAACACUAAGAAAACAUAACAUAAAAGUCCAUAAUAAACCUUUGAGAACCCUACAACGAGAAUUCCCCUCAGUAAAACACAGACCUCCAACCGAAGAACAAACUAACGUCAUCUACAAAAUACCAUGUAAAGAUUGCCCUUGGAAUUAUAUAGGUGAAACAGGCAGAUCCCUAAAGACAAGAAAAUCUGAACACGUCAGAAACUUAAAACAAAAUAAAGAUGGAUCAAACAUUGCUAAGCAUGCAUGGGACUGUGAUCAUGUAAUUGAUUUUGAUAACUCGAAAGUCAUAGACAAAGGGAAAUUUCGGAACCGUCUAACUUUAGAAUCAUGGCAUACAGCCUAAGACAAAAAUGCUGAUAACAACUCUAAGCUACUUCCUCGACAAUACACAGCCUUAAUAAGAAAAUUGUAAUAUCACCUAUCAUAUUUCAGAUUGCACAUACACAUACGUCACGUUUAGUUUCAAUUUACAUGUAUAUUAUAUAGUUUUAGCGUCCUUGUAUCAUAUUGUAUAUACACCCGUUGAAGGCUACAGACUGGUAGCCGAAAGCUUGUGAUUAAUAAAUAUAUUAACCAGAGAACGUCUCAUCUUUUUAUUACUGUAUUUUUAGUUUACCUUUAUUAAGACAGAGUUAUUGUCAAGGUAAGUACGUUUUCAUUUUUAAUUUUAAUUCUAAUUCUGUAUAGAGGUCAUUUAAGGUAGCUCCCUACAGUUGUUUAAGCAUGGGACUGGUAACGAAAUGACGUAAUUGUAUGUGCGUGGACAUUGCGUGGAAAUAUCAGAGGUGCGGGAAAAUUUUUCGUGUACGGGAAACUUGCGGGAUUUGAGCCGCAGAUUUAAAUCCCAAAUAAAUUAGCAAAACAAACAUGGCCUUUCGGUUCAAUAAUCGUUUAUCCUCCGGCAAAUUUGGAAAAUUAUCGACAAGAAAUCUGAGUAAUUCUGCAAAACUUCGCGAAGCACUGCAUUCUUGGUUGAGAAUGAGACAACUUGACAGUGAAACGGCGAAUACAUACGUCGCGGCGAAAUUUACGAAAUAUUAUACAAGAGCGACAUCGGUAUGUACGAAAAAACCUCAGAAAACUUUUUCUGCAUGUUUACGACUCCGGCUUAGUUUAUAAUAAAGUGUUUUUUAAUAGGGGUAAGAAAAUAUCGAAAAAAAUAGACCCCGUGGAGCUCGAAUAGUUGAUAUUGACGUUUUAAAGGACCAGCUACAUUAAUGUCAAUUCUGCCAAAAAG